UUCUCUCUCCCCCGACCCUUCCCUCUCUUCCCCCCGACCCUUCCCUCUCUUCUUCGCUUUUUCUUUUUUUCCAAAGUUUGAUUUCACCCCUCAAUCCCCCCGAAAUUACAUGGUCCUACCACUCGCCGGAAUCGGAAGCCAUGAACGCCGGCACCGCCACCUUCCGUUCCAUUCUCGACAAACCCCUCAGCCAGCUCACCGAGGAUGACAUUUCCCAGCUCACACGCGAAGAUUGUCGCAAGUUCCUCAAAGAAAAAGGAAUGCGUCGGCCUUCGUGGAACAAAUCGCAGGCGAUCCAGCAAGUUAUUUCCCUCAAAGCUUUGCUCGACCCGGCUGACAACGAUUCCGGCACCGGACCCGUACGGAGAUUCCCUUAUGUUCCAGCUCAAGAAAAUACCCCACCUGAUAAUCUAGAUGCGACUGGUAGUGGCGGCGGCGGCGGCGCUAAUGUCACCGGAGUUGAGGCGACAUCGACUGGUCCGACUGAAGAGCCGCCUUUCCAUGCUGCCGAAGAGCUUCCCAAAUCUGUGUCAUCUGGAGAGAAACCAACUAGCAUUGAAACGAAUGAGAAGGUCGUCAGUCCCAGAGAGUGUGCAACUAGCGGGCCUGUUGGGCAAAUGACAAUUUUCUAUUGCGGUAAGGUGAAUGUGUAUGAUGGGGUGCCACCAGAUAAGCCAUAUGUGGAUUUGCAGGCACGGGCAAUCAUGCAGCUUGCAGCAAGUCCCAUCUAUGUACCUCAAGAUGAACCAUUCAAAAGAAGUACAUCAGUCUGGCCUUGUCAUUUACAGAUGGAUAAAGAUACCCUUGUCCCACUUGAUGGCACAAUCUCUCAGUUUGCUCAAGCAGAUAAGAUGGUGGAGUAUCCUUUGCAUUACAGGGAGAAAGGGAGCGCAGCUCGUGAUUUUGAUGUAGAUGGUCAGGCAAGCAGGAAAGUGUUAUUGCAGCGAUAUCGAGAAAAGCGAAAGGAUAGGGGAAGAUUAAAGAGCAAGAGAUUUACAGGAGUAACUUCUUCUAACAUGGAAAUGUAUUUCAAUCGUCAAGUGAAGGUCCAUGCCUCAAAUGGGAAUUCAAGCCGCAGUAGCACAAGCUCUCCACCACAGCCGAGGCUGCCUCAAGCUUCUGGUGGCUCAGCUGACAACCAGCCAAAGAUUGGCCUUCCUGUUGAUCUCAAUCACAAAGAUUUUCAAGAAUGCUAAAACGUAGGGACUCUUCAGAUAGAUGAAGAACUGGAAGUGUUGAGAUGACUUAAAAGAGCAGUUUAACUCUCUCACCGUGUAGCCGUUAGAGGCCUAAUGCAAGAAUUUUGAGCUGAUUGCUCAUCAGUUAGAGGCAGUGAAAAUGUUAGGAUGUUUUUAACUGCAGGGUGAAUUUGUGUUUGUUUUAGGAUGGUUAAGAGUCCUGCACUCUCACCUAAUCAAUUUUGUAACAUGAGGCAUCUAAUUUAAUCCUUUCCCACUAUGAUAUAUGUAAAGGCAUAGUUAUUCUUCUUCCUGAAA